CGGUUGCCUCUCCGCGUAGCUCGUCUUUCUUUAACCGUGACAGCAACUUUAAUGUAAUCUGUCACAGCGGUGCUUGUGGGUGUUCAAGAGGCACUUCUGAACUAUAACUUUACGAAGCCUGGUAAAGAAGAUGGCUUUACUGUUCUGCAAUGCCUUUUGGGGUACUGACUUUUCUGACCAGUCGGGUUAUGAAGCAAUAUUGCAGAGGUUACAGGAUGGCAGACACAUGUGCAAGGAUGUAGAAGAACUGUUGAAAAUGAGAGCACUAGCAGAGGAGAAGUACGGCCGAGAUCUGGUGGCAAUUGCUCGGAAGGCAGAAGGUCAAACCGAGAUUGGGACAUUAAAGGCCUCGUUUGACAAAUUAAAAGCAGAAAUUGAGAAGACAGGAAACCUGCACAUCCAACUAUCUGAAAGGAUAAAGGAGGAAGUUCAGAAAAUAGAGGCAUUUCGAGAGCGCCAGAGGGAACAGAGAAAAAAGCUUGAAGAGAUUAUUGAAAAACUUCAGAAGCCUAAAAUGCUGUUGCACAAGAAGACCAUGGAGUCAAAAAGGUUAUAUGAGCAGAGGUGUAAAGAGGCAGAAGAGGCUGAGCAAGCAGUGGGGAAGAAGACAAAUGUGACCACCUCCACCCACCGGCAAUCAGAAAAGGUGAUAAGCAGGGCGCGGUUAUGCAGGCAGGCAGCCAACCUGUCAGAAAAGCAAUACAAAUGGAAUGUUGAUCAACUAGAAAAAAUGUGCCAGGACUGGGAGAGCACAUACAGGAGUGUGUGUGAGGUGUUCCAGCAGCAGGAGUCUGAGCGCAUUAAUAUCUUGCGCUGUGUGUUAUGGGAUCAUUGCAAUCUGCUGUCCAUGCAGUGUGUCCGUGAUGAUGACUGCUAUGAGGAAGUGAGAAAGGUUUUAGAGCAGUGUGACAUCAUCACUGACAACAACUGCUUCAUUAAAAUGAAAAAGACAGCCUGUCGUCCUCCAGCUCUCAUUGAGUUUCAGAGUUACUCUGAAUUGGACGCUAAUGGAGGAGUCAGGAGAGUUGAAACAAAGAGAUUAUCUGUCAUGCUUCCAGGGAUGUCUUUCAGUGGGUGUUCUGAAGCAGGAAGUAAUUCAGCUGGCUCAUACACAUCUGCUCAACAAACAGGAGGAGGACCUGAGAAGUACAUGGUGUUAUAUGAUUUUAAAGCUCAGGAAGAUGAUGAGCUGUCUAUCAGUAAAGGACAAGUUGUUACCAUCACUGAGAAAGGCGAGGAUGGGUGGUGGAGAGCAUGGAGGGAUGGAAUAUCUGGGCUAGUCCCUGGAACAUACCUGACCAAAAUCUCAGCGAGUCACAGUACACGUCUUGCUGCAGCUCAUCCUGAUCAUAAUCCCAUCAAAUAGAGUUUAGUGAAAGUGACGUGACAUACAGCCAAGUAUGGUGACCUAUACUCAGAAUUCGUGCUCUGCAUUUAACCAAUUCAAAGUGCACACACACAGCAGUGAACACACACACACGGUGAACACACACUCGGAACAGUAGUAAUCAUUACACUAAGUCUGAGGAUUAGUUCAGCAAGCAUAAUGAUGUAGAAUGAUUACAUCAGUGUAGCAGUACAUCAUACUAUUAAGACAGUAGCUUUCUUGACAGACAUCUUUAGGAUUUUCUUUUAUCUUUAAGUGAAUAUAAGUUAUUCAAAAGUUGUUUGUAUAGUGGUACUGAUCUUGAUACAGUUUAGUCAGUUUUUCCAUGGUGUAUAGUUAAAAAUUAUACAACAAAAAGUUAUAUGAUUUGCAUUAGAAUUAUGAAUUUUAAAGUUUUAUUUUUUACUUCUUUUAAUGUCUGUACUGUAAUAUAUACAAAUAUAACACUGUAAUGUAUACAUUUAGUAUUAUCAAUUUUGUAAUAUAUUGCUAUAUUUUAUCAUAUCUUAUUUGUAAUCUGCAUGUUCACUCAGUAAUACAUAUACUCAUAAUGUAAAUAAACACAAGUUGAUGCAAUUAAUACUAAAAUGAAACAAUUAAAUUAGUCAAAUAAAUAAUAAUAAACAAUUCUGAGAGUGAACUGGGUAUUCAAAGUGAUUCUCU